AUGUUCACCGCCGUUCACACCUUCGCCUUCUGUGAGCGCAUUCCAAAAGCAUCGGCACUCACAGUCCCGGCCUCCACCUCCCCCACCCCUGAGCUGAGCCUCCCCCUUCCCGGCAUUAUAUUUCUAUCCGUCUCGUUAUAUCUCAUUGUACUUCUCCUCCUCCUCCUCAUCCACCAGUGCUUGCAGGCUCAGGGCUGCUGCCCGUCUUGUAUGGGGUGGCAGAAAGUGGGCGAUUGGGGCUUCUGCGAUGCCUGCGAGAGCUGCGCCCAGUCAUGUGACUGCAGAGUCCCCACGGUCACCCAGUGCAUGGACAGCUGCUGUCCCUCCAAACCGACAUGCUCCGGCUGCCGUGACGUCUCCCCUUGCCCUUGCGGCUUCGCCUGCGUCUACCAGCCCCCCGACUGCACCGCCAUCAACUGCAUCUGCUUCGAGAUUAAACUGCGGUGACGAGGAUGGGAGGCG